AACAUCAUGUCGUUUGCUGACAUCUUGUUCAAUCAUUUCAAAAGCUUUCACUGUACAAAGUACAAACACUAAUAGAGAGAGAGAGCGAGAGAGAGAGGAAGAGAUUCAGAGGAGGAGGGAGAGCUCCUGGAAUUGUAAGGAAAACCAAGGCUUUGAGAGAGACAUAAUAGAUUAACAGUGAGCUAAAGCUUAGUUUCAUUUCAAGCUUUAAAAAGAGCAUGAAGGGCCAUGAACCAAAGAUGCCAAGAAUGGAGGACAUUCUUAGUCUUCCAGUACAAGAUCCUCCUUGUGCAGAGUUUUCUGCUGCUCAUAUAAAGUGGGAGAAAGUAGAAGGUGGUCGACAAGGUGGCGAUGAUAUUGCCCUAAUCCCUUUUGCUAGAGUGGAUGAUUUUGUAAAAGGAGAAUCUUCAAAUGCAGAAUGUCCUGCUAGCUUUCGAAUUGAGUCUAGAAGGAAGAGAUCUGAAGGGAGCAUCAGCAAACCAAGGGUCGAUGGCUAUCUUGAAUAUACACUAUAUUGGUGUUCAUAUGGUCCUGAAGAUUAUCGAGAUAGUGAGUCCACUAUGGGGGAUGGUUCUCACACCAAACCUGCGACUGGGAAGGGAAGCAGACCCGGGAGGCGUCACAUGAUGAGAGGUUGCCUUUGCCAUUUCACUGUAAAACGCUUAUACACUCGCCCCUUCCUUGCUCUUAUCAUAUAUAAUCAGAGAAAACAUGUAGAUAAAACAGGGGCCCCAUGUCAUGGGAUACUUGAUGUGGAUGCUGUGGGGACAAGAGCUAUGUAUGCUCCAAGGAUUUCAGAAGAAUUGCGCCAGAAAGUGAUGUCGUUGCUAUAUAUUGGAAUAUCUUUGGACAAUAUAAUCCAGCAUCAUGCAGAGGUGGUGCAGGGGCAUGGUGGCCCCCUCAACCGAGAUGAUUUGCUCACUCGGAAUGAUGUUCGCAACAUGGAGAGGAUUGUUCGUAAUUCAUCUUACAAAUUGCAUGCAGAUGAUGAAUUCAGUGUAAAGAUGUGGGUGCAGCGCCACCAGAAGCAUGUUUUUUUCUUCCAAGAUAUGUCAAGCACAGAACCUUUUAUUCUGGGGAUACAGACAGAUUGGCAGCUGCAGCAGAUGAUCCGUUAUGGACAUAGUGGUUCGGUAGCUUCUCAUUCUACAUUUGGCUUGAAGAAACUUAAGUAUCCCCUGUGUACUUUACUGGUUUUUGACUCGUCUCAAAAUGCAAUUCCGGUUGCUUGGAUCGUUGCCUCCUCAUUUGUUACUCAAGAUAUCCACAAAUGGAUUGGCUCUUUGGCUGAAAGAAUCCGAAGCAAGGACCCGAGAUGGAGGCCUAAUGCCUUUUUAGUGGAUGAUCCUUCUUUUGAUAUUUCUUUCAUAAGAGAGGCUUUCCAAUGCCGGUUCCUAUUAUGUGCCUGGCAUGUUCGCCGUGCUUGGAUGAGAAGUCUUUUAAAGAAAUGCUGCAACAUUGAUGUCCAGCGAGAGAUGUUUAAGCACUUGGGUUGGAUUUUGUAUUCUACAAGAAGUGGGCCAAAUGCUGAUAAUGCAGUUGAAGAGUUCAUGCAAGUAUAUGUUGACCAAUGUAUCUUUAUGGAUUAUUUCAAGAGGAGAUGGUUGCCAUUUAUAGAGUUGUGGAUUAAUAGCAUAAGGUCUCUCCCUGUAGCCAGUACGGAGCCCCUGGCUGCAAUUGAAUCCUACCACUUAAGGUUGAAAUCCAAGCUUUUCGAUCAGCAAUAUGCUAAUUCCUAUACAAGAAUUGACUGGUUGAUCCACACUUUGACAACUGAAUUCCACUCCUUAUAUUGGUUAGAUCAAUACAGUGCAGAGACUGGGUAUUUCACAAAUAUAAGGGACAAGUCUUUCUUAACUAAUGCUUGGUAUCAGGCCCUGCUCAUCCCUGAUGUCGAUGUGAUAUUGGAUGAACAAAAUCUACAGCUUGCAAAAGUCAUCUCCCAGACCAAUAGAAGUCUGGCAUAUACAAUUUGGAACCCUGGUUCUGAGUUCGCCCUCUGUGACUGUCCCUGGUCAAGACAGGGAAAUCUCUGUAAGCAUGUCAUCAAGGUGGCAAUUUUAUGUAAAAAUCGACAGGUUGCAAGGCCAUUAUUGGCAUCUCAAGUUUAUCGCCAGGCCUUGCUUACCCUUCUGCAGAACCCCCCCGAUGAUCCUCUGGUUCUUGAGCAUGCGAUUUUGCGUGUUAGCCGCUUGCAACAGGAUAUCAAAGGUUUGGAAGACUUGUCUAAUAAUGGGUUACUCCAGCCAUCACCACCUGAAAUGAACACUCAAGUAGGAGAUAGUCUUCUGCUUUUCCCACACCUUCAUUGAUUGAGCUACUAGAAAGGUGAUAGAGCACUUUUUUUUUCUUUUUUUCCAGCUUGAAAGCUUUUCCAUUUGGCCAAGGUUUUGAAUGAGAACAUGAAGUUAUGUCCUUUGAUCUGCUGGCAAGCUAACUUCAGAACAAGUCAGAACUUGCACCAGCUUGCUUUGACGAGUUCAAAACUUGCAUUCAUGAAACACAGGGUUUUUGCCUGUGAAGGGAAUGUAUUAUGUGGGAUCCAUGGUUGCCUGGUUUUAGUGUUGGAUAUUUACCUGUGAGUUGGCAGAAGAUGGCCUGUGUUGACGCCCUGUUUCAUGGUUUGAUAUAAGCAAAUCUUGCCAGAAAACGUCAGUCUUUGUUCAUCUCCAUUGAAGUGGCCAAGCAAAAUAAAGUGGAGUCAUCUUUAGCUAGAGGUGUUACCCCCAGGAUCAUGUGCUGACGUGGAUAAGAAGUCUAAUCUUAGAUGAAAAGAUCUUAUCAUGGGUAGCUCGAUGAGUUAUUGGCAUGAUCUCCACACCUUUAAGCGUUUUGAGCGACGAACCACCAAAAACCAAAGGCAACAGAAACUUUUGGGAAGAUACAAUUGUAAAACAGAGAAUGCCAUACGCAUCAUUUAAGGGGAACAUCUCCUAGGUUGAUGGAGAAGAUAUGACUGGAGCUAUUGAGAAAUGUAUAUACAGUAGGACCAAAUCUGAGAAGAUUUUAGUGUACCCACAGAAAUCUUCCUUGGUAUCAUUCUUGUCAAUUGUCAUGUUAUGGUAGUUUUUCAUGGUUUUGCUUUCAUCUUAGCUAAUACAACUCAUGUAGUAUAUCUAAAUUUUAAGUGAAAAUGUGCUCCUAUAGCUAGAAACCCAAACCGCAACUUGCAAGUGAUAUAGCGGUGAAAAUAGAAGACUCUGAGGAAGCUUUGAUUAUCAUUGGAUUAGUUUUUACGUUUCAAUGAGUGAACCUGAAAUCUAUUACACUCAUUUGAUUAGCCAAAUUAGCAUGAAAAGAUAUUUGUGUGUAUUAUUUGACUGGAACUGAACCUGAAACUAAAAGGUGGCGACUGGCAAGGUUUUUCUUGCUCCCUUCACCAUAUGGUGAAUCAUGAAUGAGUUCAGAAGUAGAGGGAAGCAGAAACCCCAGGGAGAUGAGGCUGCUGUGUACUGAAAACGUAGGUGACCAGAAGCUAGAAAUAUAAGAACAGAAUAAACAAUGACAUUGAAGUAGACAUCAGAUCUUUCCAUUGGAAAGCACAUAUAAAUAGCUAAGAUGAAUCUCAUACAUGUAAUUACAAUCCCUGCAAACCUACUGUUUCUCUCUACAUCAUUCAUCUUAUUAACUACUCAAAAACAAGCAUGGCAAUUCAAUUAUAAAAAUAUAAGGAAACUUAAUCUUCUUGCACACUUCUUUUCCUUCUGUUCUUUUCUAUCUCCAAAUGUCUUUUAAACUUGAAUUCUGCUACAUGCAAUUAUGUGAAACAAUUCUUGGAUGAUUGCUAUAAAAUGGGUCCGGUCUCAUCCCCUUGUUACCAAGAAUACAAGGCAAGUAAUUGUGAUCUUUCAGGGCUGGUGAAAGGAGAAAUCUCUAAAAAGAAUCAUCAAUUUAGUAGAGCGGUGGAGGUGGUGGAGAUGCGUAAGGUAUGCCACUAAUAGGUGGCAAUGGACCAUUAUACACUGGAGCUGGUGGAGGCGGUGAAUUAUAAACUGGUGGAGGUGGA